AUGUGGAAGCUCAAGAUUGCAGAGGGAGAAAGUCCAUGGCUUUGGACUUUGAACAAUCACUUUGGAAGACAGGUUUGGGAGUUUGAUCCUAAGCUUGGAACGCCUCAAGAUUUCCUUGAGAUUGAAAAUGCUCGCCAGAAUUUCUACAACAAUAGAUUUACUAAGAAACACAGCUCUGAUCUACUUAUGCGCAUGCAGUUUGCAAAAGAGAAUCCAUUACACCAAGUCUUACCCAAAAUUGUAGUAAAAGAUAUUGAAGAUGUAACUGAAGAGGUAGUGACAAGAACACUAAGAAGGGCCUUGAGUUUCCAUUCAACUCUCCAAAGUCAUGAUGGACACUGGCCAGGAGAUUAUGGAGGUCCCAUGUUUCUAAUGCCUGGCUUGGUAAUUGCUCUGUAUAUCACUGGGGCACUGAAUGAUGUAUUAACAGAAGAGCAUAGAAAGGAAAUGUGCCGCUACCUUUAUAAUCAUCGAAAUAAGGAUGGUGGGUGGGGUUUGCAUAUUGAAGGUCCAAGCACCAUGUUUGGCUCUGUCUUGUGUUAUGUUGCUCUGAGGUUGCUUGGUCAGGGACCUAAUGAUAGAGAAGGGGAAAUGGAGAAAGCACGUGACUGGAUCCAAGGACAUGGUGGUGCUACUUAUAUAACAUCGUGGGGGAAGAUGUGGCUUUCAGUACUUGGAGUGUAUGAAUGGUGUGGAAAUAAUCCACUGCCCCCUGAGAUUUGGCUCCUUCCAUACAUGCUUCCAAUUCAUCCAGGAAGGAUGUGGAGUCAUUGUCGAAUGGUCUAUUUGCCAAUGUCCUUCUUAUAUGGAAAGAGGUUCGUUGGUCCAAUCACACCAUUGGUAUUAUCUUUGAGAACAGAGCUCUAUACUACACCGUAUCAUAAAAUAAACUGGAAUCAUGCUCGCAAUUUGUGUGCAAAGGAAGACUUGUAUUAUCCUCACCCACUCGUGCAGGAUAUUCUCUGGGAAUCUCUUCACAAGGUCAUUGAACCUAUUUUGAUGCAUUAUCCUGGAAAAAAAUUGAGAGAAAAAGCUAUAAAGACUGCAAUGGAGCAUAUACAUUACGAAGAUGAGAAUACUCGUUACAUUUGCUUAGGUCCAAUAAAUAAGGUGUUAAAUAUGCUUUGUUGUUGGGUGGAAGAUCCGAAUUCUAAGGCUUUCAAGUUCCAUCUUCCAAGGAUUUAUGAUUAUCUAUGGAUAGCUGAAGAUGGCAUGAAAAUGCAGGGCUAUAAUGGAAGUCAACUAUGGGAUACUGCAUUUGCUGUCCAAGCAAUUAUCUCAACAAAUCUCAUUGAAGAAUAUGGUCCGACUCUAAAAAAGGCUCAUACAUUCAUUAAGAAUUCACAGGUUUUAGAAGAUUGUCCAGGUGAUCUUAAUAAAUGGUAUCGUCACAUUUCAAAAGGUUCUUGGACAUUUUCAACUGCAGAUCAGGGGUGGGAAGUUUCUGAUUGCACAGCUGAAGGACUAAAAGCUGUUUUAUUAUUAUCGAAAUUUGCACCCGAGAUUGUUGGUGAACCAUUGGAUGCAAAGCGAUUAUACGAUGCUGUAAAUGUCAUUCUCUCAUUACAGAAUGAAAAUGGUGGCUUUGCAACAUAUGAGCUGACACGAUCUUAUAAUUGGUUAGAGAUAAUUAAUUCAGCCGAAACUUUUGGUGACAUCGUUAUUGAUUAUCCUUAUUUGGAAUGCACUUCAACAGUUAUUCAAGGUUUGAUGUCAUUUAGAAAGUUAUAUCCUGAUCAUCGAAGAGAAGAAAUACAAUCUUGUAUAAAAAAAGCUGUUGCUUUUAUAAAACAAGCACAAGCUUCAGAUGGUUCAUGGUAUGGUUCUUGGGGAGUUUGCUUCACCUAUGGCACUUGGUUUGGUUUAAAAGGGCUUAUGGCUGCUGGAGAGAGUUUUGACAAUUGCUCAAGCAUCCGCAAAGCUUGUGAAUUUCUACUUUCCAAGCAACUCCCCUUUGGCGGUUGGGGAGAAAGUUAUCUAUCAUGUCAAAACAAGGUGUAUACAAAUCUGGAAAAUAAUAGGUCUCAUAUCGUAAACACUGGGUGGGCUAUGUUAGCUCUCAUUAGUGCUGGACAGGCUAAGAGAGAUCCGAAACCACUACACCGAGCAGCUAUGUACUUGAUAAACUCUCAAAUGGAGAAUGGCGACUUUCCACAACAGGAAAUAAUGGGAAUCUUCAACAAGAAUUGUACAGUCACAUUUGCUACGUACAGAAACAUAUUCCCCAUAUGGGCGUUGGGAGAGUACCUACAACAUGUAUUGCAGACCCAUUAA